UUGAUUAUUGUUUUUGUUAGGAUGACUACGUCAGAACUGUGGACGAUCCCCAGGGUUCUGAGGAAAGUGUGGACACAACCAAAGACCCAUGUCAGAAGGUGAAAUGUGGCUUUCACAAAGUGUGUGUGUCCCAGAACUACCAGAGGCCCAUGUGCAUCAACCGCAGGAAAGUGGAGCACAGGAUCAGGCAGCCGGACACAAAGCCUCACGUAAGCAGCUGUAAACCAUGUCCCCUGUCAGCCUCAGACCCUGUGUGCGGAUCUGAUGGACAUAACUAUGCUUCACAGUGUAAGCUGGAGCAGCAGGCAUGUUUGAGUGGUAAAACACUGGCUGUUAAGUGUGCAGGACCCUGUCCAUGUAUUAGUGAGCCUGUUCCAAAACCUGAGACAGAGACACCUUCUGUUUCCAAACCAGAGGGCUGCACGGGUCAGGACUUGGCAGAUUUGGGGGACAGGCUCAGGGAUUGGUUCCAGCUUCUCCAUGGCAAUGCUAAAAUGAACAGCUCUGGCAGACAGGGAUCAGGAACAGCUUCAGUGUUUGAGAAGAACCUGGUGGCAGGCUGCAAGGACUCGAUUGGCUGGAUGUUCUCCAAGCUGGACACCAGUAAUGACCUGUACCUGGACCACUCUGAACUGGCUGCCAUAAACCUGGAGAAGUACGAGGUGUGUAUCAGACCGUUCUUCAACUCCUGCGACUCGUACCGCGAUGGCAAGGUGUCCACAGCCGAGUGGUGUCUCUGCUUCUGGAGGGAGAAGCCCCCUUGUCUGGCUGAGAUUGAGAGACUCCAAGUGAAGGAGGUAGCCAAGAGGAAACCAGGUAUGUUUAUCCCAAGCUGUGAUGAGGAUGGCUACUACAGGAAGCUACAGUGUGACCAGAGCAGAGCAGAAUGCUGGUGUGUUGACCUACAUGGCACUGAGGUCACCGGGUCACGGGUUCGUGGCAAGCCUGACUGUGAGGAGUUAGUGGGCUACUCUGGAGACUUCGGCAGCGGAGUGGGAUGGGAGGACGAAGAAGAGAAAGAGGCAGAGGAGAACGCAGAAGAAGCUGAAGAAGAAGAGGAGCCUGAACCAGAAGAGACUGAUGAUGGAGGAUACAUCUGGUAGACAAAGUUCACCAUUAUCAUUGCACUUGUGCUCCUCAAAGCCCAUUUGUUAUCAGUCUUAAUUCAUUUAAAUAGCAUAUUGCUUGAAGGAAGCUGUUGGAAAGGCUUAAUGGGCAAUUUUUACACAUAUUUAUUAUGGAUUUCAGUUUUAUUCUUUGAAUUCUCAUGCUGUUGCUUUCUCAAAACAUACAAAUCUGAUCAGGUAUAUAAAAAAAAUAAGAUAUUUGAACUUGAAAUAAUCACAUUUAAGCAUUAUAACAUGUUGCCUAUCUUAGCUUAUAGUCACAUAAUGUGCUGAGUAUAAUGUGUUAAUCAUUAAUCAAAUCUAAAACAGCGAUGUGAAUGGGAUUCUACACUGCUGUUAGAAAGUAAAACUAAGGAUCUUGCUUGCUUGUAACUGAGAAACUUAUCAAACUGGGCUGUAGAUCAGUACAUUAAACUCUGACUGAGAGGAAUUUAAAGCAACAUGGAUAGGUUUUUAUUCUGAUUAUAGUAUGCUUCACAUUUGCUUGUAUGAUAUCUACACAGAAAGUGGCUCUGCUGUGCUGAGGAACAACCACUGAUUUAAAGGACUCACCAGUAUCUUUUAAUUAAUGUAAUUAAUUCAUUCAUUUAAUUACCUCUCCAUAUUAGACAGGCAUUAACACAAGGUUGCCUCAGUAGAAUUUCUUAUUCAUAAUGAUCUACAAUAAAUUUCUGUCCACAACAUACAUUUAUUUCGAACCAAUAAUUAUCACUGAUAAUAGAAACAAAUAUAUUUAGGAUCAGGUGUCGAAUGUUUCAAACUUUCCGACUACUACAUUUAAGUUUCUGAAGGAUAAGAAUGACCAUUAUGAUACAAUUAUUAAUUUUCUUAAUAUUUACACACAAACACAUCUGAUGAUGAUGGUGUCGUGUGUUCAUUUUCUUGAAUGUCUUUUUUCUUCGUUUUCUUUAUACUGUACUUGAAACUUUCUAAACUCAAAGAUGUGCGAUCUACUCAUGCCUUUCGCAAGAUAAGUGAGAUUGAUUGAUAGUUUUUACAGUAAUUGCAUGUUAGUUAAGAAGAAUGUACAGUUACUGUAUGAAUGUUGAAUAUUAUGGCUCUCUGAUAUGACAUCUUUUUGUUCUUCAUCUCAUUGUGAGUAAUUGUGAUAGACAGAGACAUCAGUGCAGUCCAAACAAGAUGUCAGAAUGGCGGCGUUUUUAAAAAAAAAAUGUUAUUGUGAACAAUAUAUUAAUUGUGUUUAGAUUGUUAUACAUGUCUUUUAUUAUAUGGAAAUAUAAGUACUGUAUAUUGUGACAUUUUGAAGGAAACAUUCUUUGACAGAACAACCUAGACUAAGAGUUUAAAUGUGCAGGAAUGUUAAGCAGGAUCGCUGUGUACAUCAUGUAAACAUAAUGAAAGGACUAUAUAUUACUAUUAGCCUGAGAGAUUUGCUAGAGGAAUGAUUAGAAGUGAUGAACACAUCACACACAGCGUACCAGCACUGUAACGGCUUUGUAAUGACAUAUUCUGUUGUGAAUGUCAGAGUCAAAUGACGCUGCUGCCUUCUUUCAUGAAUCCAAGACAAGCAGAAAAAAGGAUCGUAGUGUACAAACAUAGCUAUCCGCCGCAGUUUAUUGUGAUUAUGCUUGCGUCAUCACUGUUUACGUAUGUAAAGUCGGUCAUGCGGUGUGUUAUACAGAGCUGCUGGAAUUGGGUGAAUCAAUACGCUUUAAUGUAAUGUGAGAGAAUGUCAGAGAAAUGCAGAGAUUAGUUGAUGCUUCACACACUCUGGGUUAAAGCUUGCAGGAGAGAGACGUACACACACUGUAGUUCCAAGAUGUUGCACAUAUUUAAUUUUGCAUUCAAAUCAGUUAGUAGUGUUUAUCAGGGGAAAAAAUGAACUGAUUUAGUCUUAAUUGAAGCAGUUGUCUGAACAGAUUAAAGUCUAAAUGAAAUCAUGAAACAUUACAGAAUGUUAAAGAUUGAAAUCUUACAGAUUUGGGACAGAAAUACAGGAAAAGCAUCCACUCCUUCUCUCGCUUCACAUUAACACUGAGCUGCUACUGUGUACUCAUUGCUGCUUAGCUCAGCUCGUGACAUGUUUUCUCACUGUGUUUGAUAUUUGAUAAUAAACCAGCACUGGAAUCAU